AUGAGGACCAUUGUAGCAGCCUUCAUUGCUCUUCUUGGGUUGACCAGCGCUCAUGGCUCACACUCGCAGGAGGAAUUGGCCAAUCCAGCCGACGACUGGGCGUUGUACCACAUGCAAGAAGAACACCAUAUCUCCAACUUCGACCCGGCCUCAUUCUUCUCGCUGCAUGACUUCAACAACGACGGCUCUUGGACACCUGACGAGGUCCGCCGAACAUAUGGCCUGGAUGACGAAUCUCUGAAGUCCACUCCCGCCGAUGUUAAAGACAAGACCGUCCUUGAGGUCUUUAAACUAUUUGAUCCUCAUAGCACCGGCAUCAUCACCCGCGAUCAAUGGCUUGAAGGUAUACGCGCCGGCAAGAAGCUCCCAGACUCUGGGUUAGGGCCAGGCCACCACGGCGACGACGAAUACGAGUACGAGAUUCACCACUUCGAGAAAUACCAUGAUGAAAACACAAAAGAGGAGGAUCUGAUCCAUCCAGAAGAUAUAGAACAUUUCAGGAAACAUGACAUGAGGGAAGAUGAGGCUAAUCGCAUACUGAGAGAGCAAAAACAGAGUAUUGUGGAGAGGAACAUCCCAAUGAAAUUUAGGAGGCAGUCGUGA